CAAGGAGGAGGAGAGGAAUACAGUCCAGAGGUCCUGAACGCCAUGCUGCUUACAUACGUGAAGGGGAGGGUGCAGGAGCACACGGGGAGGGCCGUCGGCAAGUGCGUCAUUGCUGUUCCUUCCUACUUCAGCGAGAUACAGCGAAGAAGUUUGUUGGCCUCCGCUGACAUCGCAGGAUUAGAGGUCACUCUGCUCCUCACUGAAGGCCUCGCGCUGGCGUUCAAGUAUGGCAUAGAGAGGAUGAAUCUCCUGUCUCUCCCGGCUCCGAGGAACGUGCUCUUCCUCGACGUGGGCGCGACGAAGACGACGGUAACCAUUGCGAGAUUCGUGGGGAAAAAUUCUUCUCCUCCUUCUACAUCGCCUUCUGCCUCACCUUCCAACGCGAUGGUCGAGAUCCUCUCUUCAGCAUCUGACGCAAACUUUGGCGGGAGCUCCUUCACAGCUGGGCUCGUCAGUCUCCUAGUGAAGCGGGUGGAUAAAACCAAGAAACUUGACGAGAGGGCGAUGAAGCGGCUGCAGGGGGAGGCAAACAAAGCCAAGGAGAUUCUGAGCGCCAACAAGGAGGUUGUGGUGACGGUUGAGGAUCUUGUCGGCGACUUUGACCUUCGGGUGACCAUCACGAGACAAGAGCUUGAGGAGGAGUGCCGGGACACGCUGGUAGCCCUCCCCAUCCUUAUCGACAAGGCGAUCAGGGCUGCGGGGCUCAACCUGCAGCAGCUGCAUGGCAUCGAAGUGGUCGGAGGAGCCUGGCGCCCGCCCAUGGUCCUCAAGGAGAUUGAAAGAAUCUUAUCUGUGGUGCCCGGGAGGAGGAUGAAUCCUGACGAAAGCAUCGCGACCGGCGCCGCCCUCGUGGCCUUCUACCGGGGGAAGCAGCAGGCGAAGAUUCAGCUCCUCGACAUCCUCCACAAAGAUGUG